AUGUCCACCCCUGUAGAAAUCCCAGUCGAUCUUGUGGGUCAAUCCAGCCUAUACAAUGUCCCCGACCCCAUCCUCAGACGUCUGAGAUUAGAGGACCAGCACGGCCAAACAAUCAAGGACCUUGACAAGUAUUUUGCUGAGAAGGAAGUCCUUGUGUUCUACGCUGGGGCACAGUACAAGUCGGCUGCCGUGAUCUAUGUGUCUGCCGACACGGACCCCCUCGCUCCCGCAAGCGUUCUGCAAGGCAAACCAUGGUUGCGCAUGAUCUUCAACGACGACUCGGAUUUUGCUGUUGUCGGCAAAGAGAAGGAUGGUGGACCACCAAGUAUACAAGAGGUAGCCCGAGGGGAAAACUUUAUCCAGGCUGGGGAGAUCGAGUUGGGAAUGGAAAAGGUCGAGUUGGGCGUGGAAGAGUAUCAGAAUGAGUAUGUGAGGCCGCUCUCGAGAGCCGGGCUCACAAGCAUUAUGGAUGUAUUUGCUACACCCAGUGUCGCUGUGUAUCACCUGGAAUCACAUCAAUUUGUGGCCAAGAAUGUCAAGCCGGCAGCAUUUAAGCCUACUACGAUCGACAAGACCUACGAUACGUGGCGCAAGGGCGGAGAGCCUUCGUUGCGAGUGAUUGGUGUAGAUGUGGUGAGGACCCUCAAGCUUCCUCUUAUUGGACUGCUCUUGGCUGUCAUCUACCGCCUGCUAAUCCUCUUUGGUGGUGAUGAAUACCAUGUCAUCCCGAGAUGGCUUGAUGGCAUAUCUUGGAACCAAGGUGGACGAGAUCUCAGCUCUGACGCUCUUCACUAG